AUGCAGGGAAACCAGGGAUCAGGGAUUUGUGCUGCUGGCACGCCUGGGGUUGCUGAUGGGACUCUUGUGACAGGCACUCAGGCGAGGGAGAACAGUAGGGAGGCAGGAAAAGACGAUGGGAGCGAGGCAGGGAGCGAGGCAGUAGAUGUAUCUUGGAGUGAUGAUGCGGGCAAGGGUGCUGGAGCUGGACACAAAGGGGUUGGGAGGAGAAGGAAGAGAAGGCACCAUGGUGGAGGUGGCAGAAGGAAUGGUUGUGUUGAUGCUGGUGAGUGCUUUGACGAGGAGAACGGUCAGGAGAAGAACGGUCAGGAGGAGGGUAAGGAGGAAGGCAAAGAAAAAUUGAAAGAAGUAGGUUACAGUGAAGACAGGUUGAGGUACCAGGACAAGGGGAGGCGAUGGGAAGAGGAGGGGGAAGAGUCGGAGGAGGAGGAGGAGAGAGGGAGUGGUGAGAGGGAGGAUGAUGACUGGGUGCCUUCUAGUGUGGGCAGUGACAGGAGAGUGGGUUCUUCUGCUCGUGCCAAAGACUCAACACCCGCCUCUCGUCUUUCCACGGGUGCUACUCGUCUCUCCAAGGGUGAUACUUGUCUUUCUACGCAGAUCACUCCCUCGUCUGCUCAUUCCUCUUCUUCCAAGGGAUGUGUCCGUAUACUUUACCCUCCCCCAAUAACCUCACAGCAGCUGCAGCAGCAGCAGGGGCGGCAGAAGCAGGGUGGCCGCUUGUGUGCUUCUGAAGGCGCUGCUGAUGCUGCUGAUGGUGCUGAUGGUGCUGGCAUGUGUACCACUAGACGCUGCCUGCUCACCUGCUUUGGAGCGUGCAAGUACAAGAGCCUAGGGGAACUAGUGAGUGGCAAGGAGGCCGUGAGUGGCAAUCACAGGAGCAGGGCAAGGGGGGCAACUGCAGGGAAGGAAACCACAAGGGACGAUCUCAGAAGGAGCCACAGGGUAGUUGCGAAGGGCAUGGAUUCGGAACGCAGUGAGGAAAUGGGGAGUGCAGCAGUGGGUGCACCAGGAACGGUGCAUGCAUGGAAUUUCGGGCAUGUUUCAAGUGAUGCAGAUAGAGUGGCUGAAACGGUUCUAGGAGGCGGGACUCCCAAACGCAGGCGCACAGCAAUGCGUGCGCGUGGAGAGACGGCUGUUGAGGCCUCUCAAACAAGCAAGGUUCUAGAAGCGGUGCUAGAGGGUGGGACGCCCAAACGCGGGGCAGCAGCGGUGCGUGUGUGUGGACAAGACGUUAGGGUAGAUGCAGAGAUGGUGAAGGAAGAGGAUAAGGGGGAUUGUAAGGUUGGGAUUGAUGGGGAGAAAGGGCAAGAGAAUAAGGGGGAUUGUAGGGAAGUGGACAAGGGGGAGAAGGUGGAGAAGGAGCAAGGGGAGAACGGGAGGAAAGAAUUAGAAAAAGGAGUGAGGGAGAUUGUGCGGGAGAAAGAGAAGAAUGUGAGAGUGGUAACAAGGAGCCGCGGGUUAGGGGUACGGGGCAAGAGGGGGAAGGAGGAGGAGGGGGAGGUGAUGGUGGAGGAGGAGGGAGGGCAAAGGGCAGAGACGGAUGGGCAAGUCACAGGCAGGGAGCAUGUGACUGCAAAGCAUGGGCCAGAAGCAGGCAGGCAACACGUGACUGUAAAGGAUGAACAAGAGGAGGCAGACACGCAGGACGUGACUGCAGCAAAGCUGGCUCAGUCAGGCUGCAAGGGGCAGCAUGAGACAGACGGCGAUUGUGUGGAGAAAGGUGUUGAGUCGACUCAGAAGACAGGCUAUGAGGGGCGGUGUGAGACAGACGGUGAGUUGGUAGAAAAAUGGCUCUCCUGUGAUGAGUGUGGCAAGUGGAGGAAGGUUCCCGGAAGCUACACCUAUCCGGACGACCAGCUCUGGUUCUGUGGGUUGAACCCUGACCCUGCCCGACGGGUUUGCUCCGACCCAGAGGAAUCCGUCAGUGCUGACUCAGACAUUUCUUCGCUGCCCGGAUUUUGCCCGGCUGAGGAGGCUUUUGAUGACGGGCUGUCCGCAAAUGUUUCGCUAUUCGUGGAGAAGAUCAGAGGUGGUUUUAGGCGGGCUGAGUCGGAGUUGGAGUGGAGUGACGUGGAGCAAGGGGGGGAGGUGGGUCAGGGGGAGAUGGGUCUGGGGAAGGUGGGUCUGGGGGAGGUGGGUCUGGGGAAGGUGGGUCUGGGGGAGGAGGGAGGAGAGGCAAUCACGGCAGCAGCAGAAGAGGAAGAGGAGGAAAUGGGCCACGACGAAACUGCUGCUGCUGCUGCUGCUAGUAGUGCUGACGUGGCACAUAGGGAUUAUCAUUUCGUCUCGUCUGCCACUCUGAUUGUGGUCCCCACCACGCUCGUCAGCCAUUGGCUGACGCAGAUUUCCCGCCACGUAGCGCCAGGGGCUCUGCGCGUGUUUGUGUAUGACGGGGUCAAUCAGAAGGCGCCAGCUGUCCACAGCUUGGCGUGGGAUUAUGAUGUGGUUGUAACCACGUUUAGCAGGCUGAGUGUGGAGUGGGGGGGAGGGGAGGAUGGAGAGAUGGGAUGGAGGGGGGAGGAGGGGGAUUGGGCGAGUGAGGGAGAGGGGUUUGGGCGUGAGGGUAUGUGGUGUAAUACAGAGGACGAGGAGGAGGAGGGAGAGGAGGAAGAGGGUGAGGACCAAGGGAAGGAAGAGGAAGGAGAGGAGGGUGCAGGGACAAGGGAACGACGGCGGUCGGCGGCCUCAGCGGGCGGCGAGGAAGCGGGUCCGGCUGGGAGUGUAGGAGAGCCGUCGGAUCGCGUCCCCGCUGCUGCGCAUCCAUUGGCUGAGAGUGAUUCUGGACGAGGGGCACACGCUGGGUGCCAGCCUGGCAGCCACCAACAAGCUGCGCAUGGCUGUGGCUCUGAGGGCGGCACGGAGGUGGAUUCUCACUGGCACACCCACCCCCAGCACCCCGACCAGCCAGAUGCAGGAGCUGCUGCGCUUCCAGCACGACCCUGCGUGCCGUGUGCUUCUAAUGGACGGCACUGGGUCACUCGGGCUCGGGUCCUGACUGACAGCGGGGUGCAGGCGAAGCAGAGGCAGGCACAGGAGGCAGCACCAUCCUGCUCGCCCUUGCACUCCUCUCCUCCUCCGCUUCUCCCCUUGCUUCCCCUUCUUCCUUCGCUUCCCCGUGCUUCCCCUCUUCGCGGGGCGCAGGCGAAGCAGAGGCAGGCAAGGGAAGCAGUGGCGCGCAACGCGAUUCUGCUCGCACUGAAGCUCGUCCGCACCGCUGACUCUUCUCUGCCACUCUCGCCCUCCAACCCCACCUCCCCUGCUAAACCACUCUCCUCCCCCCACCCUGUCUCGCCCGCCAAGCUCCUCUCCUCGUCUCUCUCUCUCCAACUCUCACCUUUCAACACCACCUCCUCUCCCAACCUCCUCUCCUCCUUCCAAGCCUUCUCCCCUGCCAAACCCCUCUCCUCCGCCCACCCCCUCGGUUCCCCUACCCCCCUGUCAUCCUGCCAGUUCCUCACUCGCUCCAACCUCUCACUCUCCCCCUCCCUCUCCCUGUUGGCAACUUCCUUGCAGCCUCCUGCCUCUUCUAGCCCUCUCAAUGCAUCCCUCUCCCCAGCUGGCCAAUCAGCAGUGAAUGGGUACUGCUUGCCUGCCCAAAGCCCAUCGGAUGCUGGUCAGCACAAGUCAAUGUUUGGGCCAGGCACAUGUGAGGGAGGUACAGCUGCUGAAGGCGCAUUUGAAACAGGUGGGGGAGGCAGAGCUGGUGCCACCAGUGAGGCUGCAGGCACCAGCAUGGUUCCCCUGCUUGGCGCUGCCACAGCAGGCAGCACAGCCAGGGCAGCAGAGGCAGGGGCAGGGGGUGUGGUAGGGGCGGUUGCUGCGCUCACUUCACAUUCUUCUGCUGGUUGUGGCAGAGGGGAAGGGGAGAGUGGUGCGUCUGCAGGGCAGGCAGGAUGGGGAUCCAGUGCACGGGAGAAUGGAGGCUCACGGGAGGAAGGCCAUGCAGAGGAAGGGGGGCAUCCAGAGAAGGAGCGGCAUUCAGAGGGUGGAAAGGAAAGGGAUGGUUGUCAAACAAAAGAAAGGGGAGGCAUUGCUGCCAAGGAGCUCAGGGAGGGUAGCAUUGAGGCACCAGCAGUGGAAGGAGCAGAAGGCAAGGGGAAUCGGAGACGGCAGGUGGUGUGGUUUGCAGAUGAAGGCAUGCAACCGGAGCUUCUGGCUAGGGUGCUCAGACCAGCAGCUGAAUGA